UGCAAGACUGCACCAAAGCAAAGAACCGGCAACAAUGACGCGGUCGCCUUCUACUGCCGUCAGUGUGGUCCAGGUCGAGUCUGUCAAGUUACCUCCUUACGUGAAGCCGCCGGGCUCCGCCAAAGCCCUCUCCCUUGCAGGCGCAGGAUUGAGAGAUGUGGAGAUCGAGGGGAAGUUGAUCAAGGUCACUGCGAUCGGCAUCUACCUGGAGGAUGCAGUGCUGCCGCUGCUCGCCGGCAAGUGGAGCGGCAAGAGCACGGAGAUGCUGGCGGAGUCCGUCGAGUUUUUUAGAGACAUCAUCACGGGUCCGUUCGAGAAGUUCUGGUGGGUAUCCAUGAUAUUGCCAUUGACGGGUCCUCAAUACAUGGAGAAGGCCGCUGGGAAUUGUGUCAAAGACUGGCAUUUUUAUGGUGGAACAUACACUGAUGCCGACGCCACUGCAGUUGAGAAAUUUCGAGAGGCUUUCAAGGAUCAAUCCUUCCGACCCGGUGCCUCGAUCCUAUACGCACAGACGCCAAAUGGGCCAUUGACGAUUACCUUCUCUGAAGAUGGAUCUAUACCCGAAGCACCGAAUGCAGUAAUUGAGAACAGACAACUCGGGGGGUUGGUGCUGGGGACGCUGAUUGACGAGCAAGGCGUAUGUCCUCAAGCUAGGAUGAGCAUAGCAGCGAGGAUUUGUGCACUCCUCAAGGAUGGCAAGACGAAGGCACGCCAAGCCGACUAGAAAGUGUCUCCAAAUCGCCAGAGCAAUUGAAGAGAAAGAAGUGGAAGACAAGGUGGGACUGGGACCUGGUGUUGUAUAAGGUGCAGAUACAAUAGCAGCAGAAAAA